AUGCCGCGGGACCUCUUCAAGUGGGAGGACCAGGGUGGUUUAAGUAAGUUGAUAACAUACCCGUGAUGAGGAAGGCCAGGCUACUGACUGCUUCUUGCAGAACACCACUGCCCCAUCUGCCAGACGCCCCUCUCCCAUGACAAGUGCCGCACCAUCUGCCUGGGCAACCAUGUCGAGUGGUGUCAUCGAUACCACUGUCUCUUCCGCAAGAACUGGAGUUCCAGGUGCAGCGCCUGCAAGAUGACGGACGAGCAGCAUGAGAAGCGGCACAGGGAGAUUGCGGAGGUUUUGGCGAAGGUCAAGAAGUUCAAAGCAGAAGAGGACGCCGCGCUGCUGGAGCUGCUCCGAUCACCUGAUACCCCCAAGACCCCAAGAACUCCUCUGACUGCCAAGGCGCUCAAUACCGUCGCUGGACCUGACGGGACUGGUUCGUAUGAGGUCCCCAAGACCACCAAGAAGGUGAGGAAGGCUGCGAAGAAGGCAGUCAGAGCGAUGGAGCGAGACAAGGUGGUGACGACUGCGGAUAUCCAGUUCAUUGCCCAGAUCUUGCAUCCCAAAGGCGACAAAGAGGAAGUGGAGGUCGACAUGGAGGAGCUGGAAGAGGACCUGGAGAUCAAGAUGAACCUCAAGUUCAACAACAGCACCUGCAACACCAAAUCCGUCCGCCAUGACUACAUCACCAAGGACCGGGAGUCGAAGGAGGUGGACAGCACCGAGAUAGAGCGUAUCCUUGCUUCGCUGGAGGUAGACCCGAAAGCCGCUGGAAAAGAAGGCGAGCUUGUCGUAGAGCUGGUUCAGGCAAUUAAGAAUGACCUGGUCCACUAUCACGACGAACUCAAGAUCAUCGCUCGGAACAAGGCUGGCUUCUGGCGCUGGGCGAACAAGCGUGUGUAUCGCGAUCGUGUCGAGAAUGGGAAGGAGUGGGACGCUAAGCACGACCGCGAUCCGGAGCAGAACCAAGGACAGGAGGAGCGUCGUAACAGCGAGCUGUCGGUAGAGAUGGAGACUGAGGACGAGACUUCCACCAGGAAUGGCAGCAUCGAUCUCAGCAUUCCCGAGUCUGCUGGCACUGCCAUCACCGUCCCUUCCACGAAAGCAGCGUCAUCCAGGAAGGCUCCUCCGGUACCGAAGCUGGAUACGCCACUGAAGGAGACGAGCAGUACUCUUUUUGCGAAGACUCCAUCGACCAAUAAGACUCCCGUUCUGGAGACCGACACUCCGACAAAGGGGGCCAGCUCCGAGGAUCCCGGUUGGACCAGAGUGGGGGAAAAGGUCAUGAAGCCUCCGGUCGGCAAACUCACACUCGCGUCGAACGGUGGUCUUCACCAUCUGGAGUCGAAGCCGAAGGCGAACUUCUGGGCUCUGUCGAAACUCGAGUAG